AUGUCUGUCGAUCGCGAGAAGGCCUUGAGGAGCAGUACCACCACCGCCUUCCUCACCGCAUUGGCCGUGAACGCUGGCCUGCUGUUGGUUGAAGUCGGCGCGUUCCUCUUUCUGAAGCAAAGGCUCUGGAGAAUCUAUAGCCCUCGAACGGUGCUACCACCCCCAGACAAACGUGCUGUGGAGUUGCCUUCUGGCCCAUGGAAAUGGGUGCCAGCUUUACUUAUGAUGCCCCCGGAGGACAUCAUACGCAAGAAUGGACUUGACGCAUAUAUGUUCCUGCGGUUUCUUAGAUUAUUGAUGAUUAUUUUCUUUGUUUUCACGCUAUCAACAUUUGCUAUCAUCAUUCCUGCAAACGCGGCAUACAUUGUCAGUCUCCAUAAAGGGUUGGAUAGGAUAUCAUGGAUCAACAUCACCGACCCAAAUGACCAAUUGCGUUUCUGUGCUCAUGUUAUUGUGGUCUAUCUCCUCACCGCCUUUGUCCUCUACAAGAUUCGCGGCGAAAUGGUACAUUUUGUCCACAUGCGCCACCAGUUUCUCAUCAGCAAAUCUCAUUCGCGCCUUGCUCAAGCCCGCACUGUCCUCAUAUCACCUCUCCCAGCAGAUCUGACGAAUGAGAAAGACCUCCAAACAUUCGCAAGCUUUGUGCCAGGAGGGAUUGACAAAAUUUGGAUCUAUCGCGACACAACUAAAUUGAACAAGCUCUUCGAAAGAAGGCAAGAAGCCUGUGAGAAGUUAGAAGGAGCGGAAUCGGCGAUAUUGAAAGCUGCAGCGUUGGCCUGGCGGAAGAAGGAGAAGCAAUUCAAGAAGAUCAACAGCCGCAAAGUUCGAGACGAGGAGACUUCUCAGGAAGGCAGUGCAUUGAUUGUACCGCCGGCCAAUCGAGAGCUAUUGGAUGACCUUGUCGCUCCCAACAGACGACCGAAACAUCGAACUGGCUUCCUGGGCUUGUUCGGACCGAAAGUCGAUACUAUCGAUUGGUGUAAGGAAGAGAUCUCGCGUCUCAAUGAAGAAAUUACAGAAGCCAGAGAGUACAUCGUCAAAGGGAAAUGCCUUGGUAGCGCCUUUGUGCGAUGCAAUCUGCAACUGGGUGCUCACGUUCUUGCCCAGUGCCUGAGUUACCACGAGCCCUUGAAGAUGUACAAUAGGUGGAUAGAAACUCAUCCGAAGGAUAUCGUAUGGCGGAAUCUCGAUGAUGGGGCUCUCGAGAUGCAAUCUCGAUAUGUCAUCUCAUGGCUCGCCACCGCAGGACUAGUAAUAGUUUGGGCAUUCCCCGUGGGUUUCAUUGGAACUCUGAGUAACUUGUUGGAUCUCUGCGAGAAAGUCCGUUGGCUGCAAUGGGUCUGCGAAGCGCCUCCCGUUGCUCAAGGUCUCGUCGAGGGUGUCCUUCCUCCUGCCUUGCUCGCCGCCUUAUUCGCCCUACUGCCAUUCAUUUUGCAGGGGCUGGCUUGGUAUGAAUGUAUACCAAAAUAUUCUAUGAUAUCAGUCAGCGUCUAUCGACGAUUCUUCAUGUUCCUUCUCAUACACGGUUUUUUGGUUGUUACCCUCAGUUCUGGAAUAACGAGUGCGAUCGAAGACAUCGUCAAGAACCCGACACAGACUGUCCAGCAACUAUCCAGCCAGCUCCCCAGCGCAUCUGUGUUCUUCUUGACCUAUAUGGUUACGCAAGGUCUAGCCGGCGCAGGCAGUGCUUUGGUUCAACUAGCGCCCCUUGUCCUUCAUUAUAUUCGCAAAUGGUUCUUGGGUCGUACUCCACGUCAAGCAUACGAGGUGACCUUCCGCAUGCCAUCAGCUGAUUUCGGCGUGAUUUUACCUCGUCUAUCCCUGCUGGCGACAAUCGGUUUCGCGUAUAGCGUUCUAUCGCCGCUCAUCAAUUUGCUUGCAUUAAUUAGUUAUGCCAUGUUCUACAUUGCCUUCAAAUUCCUUCUUGACCAGGUCUUUGACCAGCCAGACGAAAAAGAGACUGGAGGGAUGUACUACCCGAUGGCCAUAAACAAUCUCUUUGUUGGGCUGUACAUUGAGCAAGUCUGUCUAACUUGCCUCCUGUUCUUAAAGGCGAAGGAAGCUGGUGUUGCAGCCGUCAUACAAGCUGUUUUCAUGCUUGUUCUUGCUAUCCUCACAGCAUCCGCCCACCUAUUUGUACACAACAGCUUUAGUCCAUUGGUGGAGUAUCUCCCGAUGUCUCUGGCCACAAAGAAGAUGGCCCAAAGAUAUGAGAAGCAGAGGAACCCCGACGAGAACGGUGAAAUUGACCUUUUCAGCAGGGACCGUGGACGCAGCGUGCGCAAGCGAUUCAAAGCCACAGCGAAGAUCCUCGACGGAAAGCUCGACCAGCUAAAGGCUAAAGUCAAGGGAGGCGACGCCGAUAGUCAUCGAAGGAGUGAAAGUAGGGAAACGAAGCGUAACACUUUCGAAACGGAUCUCGACAAGUCGACCGCGGAAACGACGGCGCUCGAUCAUGCUCAUGGUACCGUUGACGGCCCUUCACUGUCCAGGAAGGCAUCGACGGACUCAAAGGCCUCCAAGGCCUCUAAGAAAUCCAAAGCCUCCUCCAAGAAAAAUGUCCCCGUUUUCGACGAAGCUGCACCUGCCUUAGAUGACUCUGAUGAGGAAGAGCAAGAUGAACAUGCGUUUGAUCAUCCCUCAACCUACGUCGACCAGUCGUGUGUCUGGCUGCCGAAAGACCCUUUGGGGUUGAGCGAGUUUUUGGUGAACGAGCUGAAAGCUGCUGGCAUUGAUGCCAGCGAUGUAGGGGCAAGUAUAGAUGAAAAGGGGGUGGUCGAGGUUACCCGGAAUCCUCCAGACGAAGAAUGGACUGGCGGACACGAUCAGUAG